UGAAAUCGGGAAUCUUUGCCUAAAGUACAUGGACGGAAUUGAGACAUAUGACGACGCCCAAAGGAAAUGUGAAACUGACAAUGGGAGGCUGCUGGUGUUAACUACCGCCCAACAGAUUAAAGGGGCACAGCAGUACCUGAAUAGUAAAGGCAUUAACCGCGUCUUAGUCGGCAUGACGGAUAGGGUAACCGAGGGACUUUGGAUGUGGAGUGAUGGAACACCUUUUGACAGCACCAUGUGGUCAGGUCUAUCCUUAAAUAACUACGAUUCUGCUUACCUUAAAGAAAUUAAAAAUGCGGAUUGUGUAACGUUAAAGUCACAUAGUUUGUACGAUGUGCACUGCAACGCCACACAGCCUUUCAUGUGUGAGAGACCACAGCUCGUAUAGAUCCUGAUACACAUCAUUGACACGCGGAGUGUCAUAGGUGUGACUAUAAACCGGUCAUUAGUACCUAACGCCCUAUAGGACUUGCACAUCUAAGAUAGUUAUAUAAGUAUUAUUACUAGUGACUCCAUCCCUCAAUCGUUCAAUUGAAGUUCAAAUGUUGUGAUAGAUAAAUGUUUGAAGAUUUCGUCACCUGAGGAAUUAUAUUGUCGUAUAGGUUUAAUGACAUACAAGAGGGUACUCGUAAGACAGUAAUCCUUCUGAUUACUGAUUACAGUGGACGGGGAAACCAUCCAAUGUAAUUGAUAAGAUAACUAUCUAUGUUGAUCACAAAUCAGUCAAUUCAAUAAUAUCAUUAGAUCUAUAACUGUGCUAAAGGGCCUAAGAAAUUCAAUAAUCAUAAAUACUUCGGCAUUGCCUAUGGAGAUAGAGGAAUAACAAUCCUAUUCAUAUUCUAAAACAGGAAAAGGAGAUAACUGGGAAAGAAAUGAUGAUGAAGAAAUAUAAUGUACUUAGAAAAGAUAUGCAUCAUAGAAAAAAGGCUUAACUAUAGAAAAUUUUAAAAGAUUGAAAUGAUGGACCGUAUUAUCAGUUCUAAAGUAACCUGGC